AUGCUCGAUAAAAAAUUCAUAUAUUUAUUUUAUUGUUUAUUAUCAUUUUUUAAAACAACAAUUCAUUAUAUUCAUACAGUUUAUUAUGUUCAAACUUACAUUUCAAUAUACAAAAUAAAUCCAUAUUCAUUUUGGAUAGCUGAAUGUUUAUUUUUAAUAUGGAAUAGCUUAAAUGAUCCUUUAUUCGCUUGGUUAUCGGAUCGAUAUACUUCAUCUAUUGAUAAUCGUCUCAAUAAUCUGACAUUGUGUGGUCCUUUACUUUGUUUAUCAUCACUUUUGUUUUGGUAUCCGUUGGUUGGAAUAAAUUCAUCAUUACUUAGUUUACAACUUCUUUUAAGUCUUUGUCUUUAUGAUACAUUUUUAACAAUGAUUGAUUUGAAUUAUAAUUCAUUAUUAAUCGAUAUUUCUCUCUAUAAAAGAGAAAUAUUGAGUUCAGCAAGUGUUAUUGGAAGUGCUCUUGGGUCGUUAACAUUAUUUAGUUCCUAUCUUGUUUGGGAUUCAUCAAAUCUCCGAUUAUUUCGAAUUUUUGUAACCAUUCUAACGAUUUUAAUUAUGUAUGGAUUUUUGAUUGUUACUCAAUCAAUGAAACAAAUUCUAUACUGUGAUCAUGCUAAAUCUAAUCAAGAGAACAUUUCCAAAGGACAUAUUCCAACUCUUUGGCAAUUUAUAUGGGGCAUUAGUAGACAUAGGAAUUAUCUAGUUUUCAGCUUAGUAAAUUUGAUUCAAGUAUUUCAUUGUCAUUUUAAUAGUAAUUCUAUUCCAUUGAUUCUUAAUAUAUUUAUUCCAUCAUCAUCAUUACUUAGUUCUAUUCUUCUUGGUAUUUCAUUUCUUCUUCCACAUCUCAGCAAUAUAUAUUUUGUGUAUUUAUGUAAAUCACAAAGCACUUAUUAUGUUAUUCUUGGCUUAUUUUAUGUUAAAUUAUUUUUUACUUUAUAUCUAUUCAUUCAAGGUAACAAUUAUACUUGGUUAAUAUGUCUUUUUCUUGUUAGUAAUCGAAUAUUUACAGAAGGUAUCUGUAAACUAUUUGACUUGAUUAUAACAGAUUUAAUUGAUGAAGAUCAAUUUAUGCAUCAGCGAAUUUCUCCACUACCAGCAUUAGUCUUUGGUACAAUGACAUUUUUAUCAAAACCUGGUCAAACAUUAGCACCAAUAAUAAGCUCACAUUUGUUUUAUUCCAUAGAUAAAGCACAAAAAGGUCUAUUUAACAAAAUUGUUAUGAUACCAAUUGUAUGUUCUUUAUGUCAAAUAAUUCUUUGGAACAAAUUUACAUUACAUGGUUACCGAUUAACAUCUAUUCGUUCAAUGUUGAAGCACUCGAACGAACAGAUUAAUAUUUAA